CUGCUCCAUAGUUUGGGAAAUCAGGAAACGAUGCAGCAGUAACAUUGUGGAUGGCUAGCAGAAAGUGUAAAGUUCUCCGUGAUAACACCCAGGGGAUCACCAAACCCGCAAUCGGCCGUCUGGCUAGCCGCGGCAGAGUGAAGCACAUCUCCGGUCUGAUCUACGAGGAGAUCCGCGGUGUGCUGAAGGUGUUCCUGGAGAACAUGAUCCGUCAGCUAACACCGAGCACGCCAAGAGGAAGACGGCUCAAGUGGAGAAGCAGAGGGACAAAAAGCUCCUUGAGGCUGUGAUAUCCUCUCUACCACUGCCUGUGAUCUCCUGUGACAUGAAGCUUUCUAAGGAGACAAUAAGGUGCGGGAGAGAUGUAUCAAGAAAAUUGGGAUGGGGGUUUUAAGUGAAGGCAAGGGGGAGCGGAGAGAUGAGGGAAAAGUAAUAAUGGAGGUGAUUUGAGUGCCAGUAGGUGUCCUCAUUCAACAGUAAGAGGAUUCAGCCUGCAACAGCCAUUACGGGAUCAGAUCAGUGUUACAACACCCUGGAGCCUUACAUUCAAACUGCUGCUAAACCCAUUCACUAUUCAAGGUGCAGUUAUAGCGAUAUC